UCCAGCAGCUGUCAGGCCUGCAAACCUCCGGGGUCUGGCUGAUGCAAGCGCCAGCUGAAAUGAGCCAUUUCCUGCCCUGAUGCCAUGGGGCAACUGCUCCAACUGCUCUGGUGCUCGCCAAGGAGAAGUGGACGUUCCCGUAGGAGCCCGGUGGGAGGAAGGAUGAGGGGGCUGUUGUGAAGAACAGGGAGGAUGCGUGGAUGAAAGCAGGAUUUUUGUUUGAUGUGGGAAAGAUAAGAGUUUAAGAAAGAGAAAGAAAGGUGAAGAGUGACUGCAGGGGAAAGAUGAGGGUGAAAAAAUGAAGGGAUUGUCUUUAUUUCAAGGAAUUUGAGGUAAAGGGAAGAAAAGGAUGACGUGUAAGGUACAGAAAGACGAGGUAGAUUAGAUGCAUAACUGAAAAAAAAAGAAAAGAAAAAAAUCCAAAUUGAGCAUGAGGCAGAGAGAGCUGUAAAAAUAGAGAGUUAUUGUAUGUGGAUCCUAAGAAAGAUGAAAGUGCAAGAGAGGAGGUUGAGGGGAAAAUUAGAGGGAAGAGAAAAGCUGCAUGGGGCAGGCUGGGAGAGGGAGGCAGAGCUGUAAACACAAGGCUCGGAGAGGCGGCGAGAAGGAGAGCACCCAAUCCUUCGCACACUUGACGAAAAAGCUGCACGACGGCGAAGGUUUGAGCCGAGGGAUGGAGAGAAACCUUCAGUCUGAGGAAAGGAGAAAUAAACCUAUAUCAUCCCCGUCACCAUGAGAGCUUCCAAGAUUGAGGCUAAGGAGGCUUGUGACUGGCUCAGGGCAGCAGGGUUUCCUCAGUACGCUCAGCUGUACGAAGAUUCCCAGUUUCCAAUCGAUAUUUCCUCGGUGAAAAGGGACCAUGACUUUCUGGACCGGGACCUGGUGGAGCCUCUGUGUAGACGUCUAAAUACUCUGAACAAGUGUGCCUCCAUGAAACUGGAUGUCAGCCACCCCAAGAAGAAAAGUGAAGAUUCUGACGAAGAUGACCAACUGGCUAUCAGUAAAAGGUGGACGUUCGAGUGGAGCAGUCGACGCUGGUCUCGACUCCAAGACUUCCUGUUGGACGGGGCGGAUGAGAGCAGCCCGCCGGGUCGGGGGGAGGGUCUCCGCAGCACGGUGAGCAGCGAGAGCGUGCUGACGGACCUGAGCGAGCAGGAGAUCGCAGAGGUCUCCUCGCUCCACAGCGAGGACUCCGCCUCCGCGCUGCCGGACUCCAUAUCCAUGGCCUCCCUCUCCGCAUCCUACCAGGGGCCGAGGGACCUCCCUCACUACAACUCCCUGCCCAUCAAGAGCAGCCGCCACGGCCAAGGGGGGCGGAGCAAAGCCAAAGAGUUUUUGCGUCGAAUGGAAUUAAUGCGCACUUGGGGGCCGUCGACGAGACGGAAAAGCUCCAAUCGCAGGCCGCCGCUGGUUAUCAGCGGACCGGUACUACAAGGGGAGGAGCCUCAGGCUCUCCAGAUGCUUCAGUGUACUCCUAUCGACCAACUGGAAGACGGGCCAGUAGACGCCUCCCAACCGGAGGUUGCAUCCUCCGUGUCUCCUAGCAACGACUGUAAAUACCAGACCACGCCAAUAGAGAUCCCCAGUAAUGAAUCUGUGGUGCGCAGGGUGCCGGGGCCGGCAUGUACAAGACCCCGCACGGCCAGCAAGAGGAGCAGCAUGUACCUGGAGGAUAUGGAGUUACCGUCGCAGGGUAAAAGGACUGAGGGGCAGAGCCAGUUUGGCAGAAGCCAGUUCCACUCAUAUGAAAACCUACUUAUCCACAUCCCUAAAGACCAUAAGCCUGGAACUUUUCCCAAAGCACUGUCAAUAGAAAGCCUGGCACCUUCCCCCGGUGACAGGAACAAGGGCCUGGAGUCACGGCCCAAAACCCCGUCCCCUGAGAACGGCCUGGGUCAGUCCUGGUGCGGUAAACCUUUAUCCAAGACCCCCUGUCCCGGGGCCCCGCGGGGCAGCAGGGUGAGCGUCUACGACAACGUCCCGGGCUCCCACCUGUACGCCAGCACCGGGGACCUGCUGGACCUGGAGAAGGAGGACAACCUGUUCCCCCACCUGGACGACAUCAUCCAGCACGUGAGCGGCCUGCAGCAGAUCGUGGACCACUGGAGCCGCAGCGUGCUGCCCGAGGGGGCCGGGGAGGGGGAGGAGGACGGGGAGGACCAGGGGGACGGCGAGGGCAGGACCACCCCCAGCGAAGGGGACAGGGACGGGGUCUCCCUGAACGACACGGAUUCCACGGGGACCAGCCGAGAGAGGCGGGACUCUGGAGUCGGAGCCUCGCUCACACGACCACGGCUACGGUGGCCCAGUUUCAGAACCUCUCAUCAUCUCAACCAGCCAGCGUCUUCACUGCAGAUCAGCAGCCAAUCAGCAGGCCAGCUCAGCCUGCUACAGAAGUUUUCUCUGCUCCGUCUCACCGCCAUCAUGGAGAAGUACUCGAUGUCUAAUAAACACGGCUGGACAUGGUCUGUGCCGAAGUUUAUGAAGCGCAUGAAGGUUCCAGACUACAAGGAGAAGAGUGUAUUCGGUGUUCCCCUCAUCAUCCACGUCCAGCGAUGUGGGUUUCCGCUCCCUCUGUGUUUACAACAGGCCUUCGUCCACCUCAGAACACACUGCCUGGACCAGGUGGGAUUGUUCCGUAAGUCUGGAGUGAAGUCGAGGAUCCAGGCUCUGAGACAGCAGUGUGAGCUGUCCCCGGACUGUGUGAGCUACGAGGACCAAUCAGCUUACGACGUGGCCGACAUGGUCAAGCAGUUUUUCCGGGACUUGCCUGAGCCUCUGCUGACCAGCAAGCUGGGGGAAACCUUCCUGCACAUAUACAUGUAUGUUCCAAAGGAGCAGAGGCUGCAGGCCGUCAGGGCGGCCGUUUUACUGAUGCCAGAUGAAAACAGGGAAGUCCUCCAGAUGCUGCUGUACUUCCUGCGUGACGUCACUUCCUUGGUGGAGGAGAACCAGAUGACGCCGAUGAACCUGGCUGUUUGUCUGGGACCGUCGCUCUUCCACCUCAGCAUACUGAAGAACGAGACGCUGUCACCGAGGUCCAUCCAGAGGAAGUACACGACGGGUCGUCCCGAUCAGAAGGACCUGAGUGACAACCUGGCUGCCACGCAGGGACUCGCACACAUGAUCACAGAGUGCCAGCGUCUCUUUCAGAUCCCAGAGGAAAUGGUGACCCAGUCUCGAAACUCGUACAUGGAGGCCGAGCUGCUGGUGCCCCCGCUGGACGAGCUCUGCAAGGCCCACGAGGAGGAGGCGGACGAGGAGGUGGAGGACGAGGACGAGGAAGGAUCGUAUCACGCACACUUAGAGAGGCUGAUCCAGAACCUGCUGAAGGAGGUUAAAGAAAAGAGCAAAGGCUGGGUGUCCCGCUCAUUCUCUGACCACACCGAGCUGGCUUUCAAAAAGGUGGGAGAUGGGAACCCGCUGAGGCGGUGGCGGGUGUGUCUGGAGGUGCCGGCCACGCCCAGCGAGGUGCUGACGCGGCUGCUGAGGGAGCGUCCGCUCUGGCAGGCCGACCUGCAGCAGGAGAAGGUCCUGGAGACGCUGGACAAGCAGACGGACGUGUAUCAUUACUGCUGCUACAACAUGGCACCUCACCCCAGCUGUGACUACGUGGUACUCAGAUCGUGGCGGGCCGACCUGAUUAAAGGCUCGUGUGCGCUGGUGUGUGUGUCUGUGGAGCACGAGGACAGCCCCCGCAUGGCGGCGGUGAGGGGGGUGGUGCUGGAGUCCCAGUACCUGCUGGAGCCCAGCGGGACGGGGGGGAGGACCCGGCUCACCCACAUCUCCAGAGUAGACCUCAGGGGAAGAUCUCCAGAAUGGUACAACAAGACAUUCGGUCACCUGUGUGUUAAUGAAGCCCAAAGGAUCCGCUCCUCUUUCCUUCCUUCAGACCAGAUGAGCCCUGAGCCAAAGAUCUGAGCCCCAGACAUCAAGAUGGGUCUCAGGCCUCAGGACACGUGACCCGGAAGGUUUAAUCAUCGAGGCAGAGACUUCAGAGUGGUUACGUGGUGCUGGGGGAUUUUGUACCGAGCUGCCACUCACACAAACAGUAUUUAUUAUCGUUUUGUCAGGUUUCUUUCAUCAGCACGUUUAUCCAGAUCUCAUGACAGAACACAUAAUAGCUACACUGGUCCACAGUGCAAAUGUAGUUUCAAAAACAUGAAAUAUGACACAAUAACUGCCUUCACCUGUCUCAUUCUCCUCAGUGAACACUGAGACAGCGCUUACCUGUUCCAAGGGAGUAGAUCAGCAUCAUCAGGUGCAUGAGAAGUUUGACACUGCUGAUUUAGUCAGUGAGGUUCUGGGAUCGGAUCGGCAGAGCACUGAGAAGACAAUCAAACUUGACCAUCUGUAAGAGUAAUAGUUGUAGUUGUAUGCAGAGGUGGGUAGAGGAGCCAAAAAUUGUACUCAAGUAAAAGUAAUGUUACUUUAGAAUAAUGUGACUCAAGUAGAAGUAAAAAGUAGUCAUCCAAAUAAUUACUUGAGUAAAAGUAAAAAAGUACUUGGUGAAAAAACUACUCAAGUACUGAGUAACUGUUGAGUAACGUCUGAUUUAUUUUUUUAACACAACCAUUCAAACAGACAAAAGUACAAAAUAAUCAUCUUCAGGCAAAUUAAAUCAAUAAAAUAAUAAAAUUAAUAAAAAAAUAGCUUAAAUUAAAAUAAUCUUAAAGUAAAUUCAAGUACUUUAAUAAAUAAUAAAAUAACUGAAUAAAAAAAUAAAUUAAGCACAAGUAGCACAAAAUUUCAAGCCUUUGUACGUUUCUUUUUUAACCAGGCAGAACUAGAACAAGCCCAUGAACUCAUAGAAACUCUGUGUGUGUUUGAGUCUGUGUAAAUGUGACAAAACAUGCAAAAACAAACAUUUUUCCCAAAGAAUCACCCAGUGAUGUCAUGAGAUUGACGCGUACGUGGAUAAAAGGGAUAAAAGAAAAGUAACAAGCUCAACGUAGCCUAAUGUAGCGGAGUAAGAGGAACAGUUUCUUCUUCACAAAUCUACUCAAGUAAAAGUAAAAAGUAUAGUGAUUCAAAACUACUCCUAAAAGUACAACAUUUCCCAAAACUUACUCAAGUAAAUGUAACGGAGUAAAUGUAACUCGUUACUACCCACCUCUGGUCGUACGUGAACCUGCAGAAGAAUCAUUAACAUCUUCACAUUGGCAUCAUCAGAUCAACAUCCAUCCCACAUGUUUUCCACCUUUCUUUGACCUUUUUCCUUUUCUCCCACUUGCUAAUGAUUGCGAUUAAAGAGUUGAUAACACAUGGUUACAGUCACAGUCACAGCGAUAGAAAUGAUGAGGUUUAGAUGUUGCGUAAUGCAUGUUGUGGUUAGAAAACGAUACAUGUUUGGUGCACAUUUACAUGUAUUGAUGACUGGUGGACAACGUUGUCCAUGCACGAUUUCUACUGAUGAAUUGUAAAAUUGUGACACUACUACAUUCUGGACAAGUGGACCAAUGUACCUGUUAUGUCAUUAUUAUUAUUAUUUAUAUGAUAAAUUAUGAAUUUCUAAGCCAUUUCUGAGUCACAUUUCCUGGAUUCCAGUUCUGAAUGUGAAUAGAUGAAUAUUUCAUAUCACCAGUUCGUCGCCAUGUGAAUCAAAACAUGGUUGUGGUUUUGUUUUUUGUUGUUUUUCUUUCUCAAUUAUUUAUUCAUUUGUAUAUCCUUCAAAAUCCUCAGUAUUUUAUCCAAUAUCUUAUAAAAAACAAGAAAAGGCCAGCAACGGAAGGUUUGAUCAUGAUAUGGGUGCUGAAGUCGUUUAAUCUCUUCAUUUGUGAUCACUUUUAGUCACUAAUUCUGUGGAGCAAUUUACUUAACAGAUUUGGAUAGCUGAUUUAUUAUACAAUUGAAUACUACAAUAAAAACUAAUAUAAACGGUAUAAAAAAUACUAUAAAGACAAAUUACUUAGAGAUUUCAUGUCUGUAAGUAAGCUAGCAACUAGCAUAAACAUGAAAAAUCUGAUUGAAAAUAUUAGCUUUCUUUAAUUUAUUUUCAUGUCACUGAUUAAUUGGAGAAUAUAGUUUUAAAAAAUCAGGACACGAUGAGCCAUGUUUCAGCUCUAUCAAAUGUAAUAUCAGACAAGUCAAACGGAGAACCCUGACGAUAUCCGGCAAUAUCCACGGAUUUAUUAAUAAUCAUUUUGCUCCGUCUGCACUCAUCCACAUUUAUAAACUGCAGUUAUUACACAUCCUUCCAAAGAUAAUAUGACAUUCUCAAUCUAAAAGCAGCACAACAGGGAAACACGUGGGCAGUGUAUUGUUAAAAAGUUGCACUUGUUGCAGGAGAAAUGACUCCACGAGGGAUCUGGAUCACGUAAAGGGGAAACACUCACCGGGUCCAUAAAUGUGUUGGAAAUCACUGCUAAUUUAGAUUUAUGUCACUAUUUUUAGUGUUAAUCUUAUAGAAAUGAAUGAGGUGCCAUUUUAAUGUUAUUAUUAUAUCUCUGUAUAUGGUCAAUCAUUGUUGCUUGCUCAUCAUCACUAUUAUUAUUGUCAGUUUUGUUGCUGUUAUACAAUGUCUAAGACAUGUGACCAUUUCACUGCUUCUGGGAAGCAUGUUUGAUAUAUAGCGAUUUGUGCAUGGUUGUGCCCGUGUAUCUGCGUUUUAAACACAUGUACAGCCUGUACUGAAAUAUCUCCAGCGCUCUCUGUGCCAUCACAGUUCUUCAGGGUCUUCCUAUCAUAUUGAUAAGCUGAAAUGUGAACUUUUCCGCACGCCAUCCUUGUUAAAGCAAUAGCAGACUAGAGCUUGCUCAAUAAAGGCACUGCCUUUAGUUUUUUUCUUGCAGGUAUUGGCAGCGUUGCCAUGGUGUUGCUAUGAUAUAAUAUCUAAACGGUGUCACCAUUAUCGAGCUUGGAUGCCUUUUUGCUGGGGAAACGUGUGGCAUGUGUGUGCUUAAACAUGUGUGUGCAAGCGCGACAGACAAACAGCGAGUGACUCUGACGUGGAACCUCUACUAUGUGAAGAGGCUUCAAGCCUAGCCGAGUAGCUGACAGGAGGAAGAUUUGUGCUUUUUAUUUCUGACAGAAAACAAAUCCUUGCUUUCUAAAAGAGGAGAAUAAAGAACCUUAAACUACAAUUGUCCCCAGUUUGUGUAAAUACUUCUGUCUGAUAUGAUUUCUAUUUUUUUUUCUUCUGUAUUUUGCAAUAAAAAGAUGUAC